UUGGCAUCGAGCAUGCGCGUUAGGUUCUUCUCGUGCCCCCUACUAACGCCGCCAUUUUAUUUUCUUAAAGAAAGGUCGUUAGCUGUAGCAAUUGGGAAAGAUGCUCUCUCUGCGAGUUGCACGGUUCCUUGGGAGGUCCAUGGUCAAGAGCACUGUGGUAGUGCCAAGAAAUCUAGGUCCGACGAUUUCCGGUGCUUACCAUAACAGUGGCAUUCGACAUGCUAGUGGUGGUCCCACGAGUGCCGAGGUGUCGUCCAUCUUAGAGCAGCGGAUCAUGGGUUUCAGUGACAACGUGGAGCUUGAAGAGACCGGACGUGUAUUGAGCAUUGGAGAUGGUAUCGCUCGUGUGUACGGACUCAAAAACAUCCAGGCCGAGGAAAUGGUGGAAUUUUCCAGCGGACUAAGGGGUAUGGCUUUGAACUUGGAGCCUGACAAUGUUGGUGUGGUAGUGUUUGGUAAUGACAAGCUCAUCAAGCAAGGAGAUAUUGUCAAGAGAACGGGAGCUAUUGUGGACGUGCCGGCUGGAGAGAAGAUGUUGGGAAGAGUAGUCGAUGCCCUCGGUGAUCCUAUUGACGGAGCGGGCCCCAUUGUUGCUGAGAGGCGUCGUGUGGGUAUGAAGGCUCCAGGCAUCAUCCCUCGUAUCUCUGUGCGUGACCCUAUGCAAACUGGUAUCAAGGCAGUGGACAGUCUGGUCCCCAUUGGCAGAGGACAGAGAGAACUGAUCAUCGGAGACAGACAGACUGGCAAAACUGCCAUUGCUAUUGACACCAUCAUCAACCAGCAGAGGUUCAAUUAUGGAGACGACGAGACGAAGAAGCUGUAUUGUAUCUACGUGGCCAUUGGUCAGAAGAGGAGUACCGUCGCUCAGAUUGUCAAAAGACUCACUGAUUCAAAUGCCAUGAAGUACACAGUGAUUGUAAGUGCCACAGCCUCUGAUGCAGCUCCUCUGCAGUACCUCGCUCCCUACUCUGGCUGUGCUGUUGGAGAGUACUUCAGAGACACCGGGAAACACGCUCUCAUCAUCUACGACGACUUGUCCAAGCAUGCCGUAGCAUACCGUCAGAUGUCUCUGCUACUGAGAAGACCCCCAGGUCGUGAGGCCUACCCUGGUGACGUGUUCUACCUCCACUCCCGUCUCCUGGAGAGAGCUGCCAAGAUGAACGAUGACUAUGGUGGUGGUUCGCUAACUGCUCUUCCCGUGAUCGAGACUCAGGCUGGAGAUGUGUCUGCUUAUAUCCCUACCAACGUCAUCUCUAUCACUGACGGACAGAUUUUCUUGGAGACAGAGUUGUUCUACAAGGGUAUCCGACCGGCCAUCAACGUAGGCCUCUCUGUGAGUCGUGUGGGAUCUGCCGCUCAAGUCAAGGCCAUGAGACAGGUUGCUGGCUCCAUGAAGCUUGAGCUUGCCCAGUAUCGUGAGGUGGCUGCCUUUGCUCAGUUUGGCUCUGAUCUGGAUGCCUCUACACAGGCUCUCCUCAACAGAGGUGUCAGGCUCACAGAGCUACUCAAGCAGGGACAAUAUGUGCCAAUGGCCAUUGAGGACCAAGUGGCUGUCAUCUACGCUGGAGUUAGGGGCUACCUGGACAAGCUCGACCCGUCACGAGUGACUGACUUCGAGAAAGCCUUCCUCCAACACAUGCGUACCACACAUCAAGGUCUCCUCGACACCAUUCGAAAGGAAGGACAAAUUUCCGAUGCCACCGAAGCCCAAUUGAAAGAUAUCGUUCUCUCGUUUGUGGACAGUUUCCUCAAGGAAUAGAUUGGCAACUCUUAGGAACACUUAGUGUAUUGUUGUUGUUAUAAUUAUAUAUAUCUAUUGGCCACUGUACCCAUGGCAUGUUGUGUACAGUCAAUCUUUCAAGCAUUAGCACAAGUAUAGGGGUUGUGUGUUUAUGUGAGUAUGUGUUGUACUUUUGUCUUUGUAUGAGAUUUCUAUUAGUGA